AUGUCAGAUAGUGCUCUAUCUUCAGUUUUUCGUGAAUUCAAUCUAUCUAUCUUUGAAUAUCUGAUCCCCUUUAUUUCUGUGAAAAUUGUAUCAUCAAAAGAUACUUAUUCUGAUGAUUUUCACCAUUUGAUCCUAGGAAAGGUGUUUGUGAUGGUACUAAGAAAGAUGAGGAUUGGUAGAGAUAUUGAAUGGAAUGAGUUAUCAGUCUCAGUCAUCAGUCAUCAGUCAUCAGUUAACUAUCUUUAUUAUAGACUUCAUCAAGAAAUGACUUCAAUCUAUCAUCAUCAUCAUCAUCAAUCUAUCAUCUUCAUCAUCAUCAAAAGAAUAUCAUCAAAUUCAACUUCACAAUCAUUCAAUUCAAAAUCAAUAUCAACUUCAACUUCAAAAUAUCACUUCUUUAAUCUAAUCAUCUCAACUACUUUAUUACUCUUGACUUUAAACUUAAACGUCAAUGCUCAAUCUCAACCAUUACCUUGUCAAAGGUGGGCUCAACAAACUACAAUCUCAACCACUAUUUCAUCCGAUUUCAAUUUCAAUAAUCUAAACGCUACUCUUUGGAUUCAAGGUGGUCAAAUCAAAUCAUCACCUGAUCAAACUACUCAUACUUGGACAAAUGCUUUAUUAUCCUUAGAUCUCACCAAACCUUGGAACGCUGGUUCACCUGCACUAAACCUAAUCAUCAAAGACAAUUCGAAUCCUUAUUCUCCUCCUGCUGUUUCAUUAGGAUCACUUUGGGCUUCAAACGAUGGUCAAUCUCUAUACCAAUGGGGAGGACAAUUUGCAGAUAAUCCUUCAAUCUUACCUGGACCGACCAAUACAUAUAAAUUUGAUCUUUCACUCAUGAGUUGGAAUUCGAUUAAUACGAAUGGAGAAUCGGUUUUAAGAGCCAGUGAAGGAGCCAGUGCAUUAGUACCUAACUUGGGUAGUGGAUCAAAUCAUUUGGCUUAUUAUUUUGGUGGUCAUUUGGAUUGGGCAAGUGUACCGAAUUGGAGUAAUUCGACACCUAGAGUCUUUUUGGAUUCGAUUAUCGAAUUGGAUUUAGGUUCAUUGAGUUGGAAAAAUUAUUCGAGUUUUGCACCAUCUUCCGUUUCGGGAUUCAAUAACGCAACUACCGAAACUUCUCCUACCAUUAGGGCAGAUGGUACAUUAACCUAUGUACCUUCUAUCGGUACCAAUGCAAAAGGUGCAUUAGUUUCCAUAGGAGGUGGACAAAACUUUCAGUCUACCACCCAAAACUCUAAUCGAAGUAUUGAUAACUCUGCACUUGAUGUUUUUGAUCUUGAAACUAAAAGUUGGGUGAAACAAGCUACUCAAGGAGAUAUUCCACCUCCACGUGUUAAUCAUUGUGCAGUCAGAGGGACUGCCAAAGUGAAUGGAGUACCACAACAUCAGAUCUUUGUUUAUGGUGGCCAGAUUGUGAAUGGAUCGUCUCAAAGUACAGAUCUUUAUGUUCUUUCUAUUCCUGGUUUUGUUUGGACAUUUGUAGGAGACCGUCUAAACUCGCAACCUUCUGCAAGAGCUGGUCAUACAUGUGAUUUGAUUGGAUCCCAAAUGAUUGUAAUUGGUGGAUACGUUGCGAGUGAUUUGCUAUGUGAUAGGUUUAGUUUGAUUCCACAUCCAACUCUCAAAGUACCCUUAAGAUUGACUAAACAUCUCUUUGGUUUGAUCGUUUUUUCUAGUCAAUCGGUUUAUGUCUUUGAUACUACAAGUUUGUCAUGGCAAAGUAGUUAUAAACCAGGUUUACCUUAUCGAACACCCGAUCGAUUUGCAAGUAUAUUAGGUGGUACAGGAAUUGGAUAUUCAACUAGUAGUGCAGGUUCUUGUAUUGGUGGUGAUGGAUCUAAAGAUAAAGAUAUGACCACCAAGUAUAAAUCAUCCAAUUCGAGUUCAUCCAAACUUGGAUCGAUUGUAGGAGGUGUCUUAGGUACGAUUGUAGGAAUCUUUAUAAUCUUAUUAAUUUUACUUUUACUAAGAAGACGUCAACAUCAAAAACGGAUUCGAGAAAGAUUAGAGAUCUUAGAAAGAGAAAAGAUGAACUCAUCAAGUUCACCUAAUCCAGAUCGAGUGAUUUCAACCUCUUAUUUCGGAUCUGAUUUAGGUGGAGCGAUGAGUGGAGGAAUGAUGGGAGGAUCGAUUGGAUCUCGUGAAGAGAUGUCACAACAUUUGUUUCAUCAGUAUUAUCCGGCGGCUUCGGAUGAUCCGGAACAUGAUACUGAAGGAUUCGAACCUCAGUUUUCGACUAGACUUGUGCCUCGUCAAGCUCUUAGAGUUGUGAAUCCGGAAAAUUCAAAUUCCAUCAUUUCUCCAAAUGAAACUUGAUGACAAUCACUUCACUUGGAUUUGUCUUUCUUUGGAUGGCUUUUUGUUUGCUUCUUUUCUGGAUGUGGGUUUGUGUAGGGUUUUUUUAUAUCCGAUUUAGUUUAUUUUUUUCCAAAUAGCAGUCUCUUAACUUUUUUCUUUUUUGUGUAUUAUAAUUAAUUUUAUAAAUAUAAUAUCAAGAUAAAUAUAUGUGUAGCUAAGAUUUUUUUCCUUCAUUUUUUUCCUCAUUUUUUCAUUUGCCUUUUUUUGUUCAUGAUGAUGAUGAUGAAUCAUUUUGCUUUAUAUAUAUCAUUUCAUUAAAUAUAGAAAAUCUUACAAAAAAAAUCAAUCAAUCAAUCUAUCUAUCAAUUUC